CGCGAUCGAACAAGCUUCGAGAACCUUCGUCAGUGUAUCAUCGAGGAUAAUAAGAAAGGGGGGGACGAUUGUUAAAAAUGAUAAACAUUUCAGUUUCGGAAUUCAUGAUACUAUGUAGCAGCGUCCUCCUUAUUUUUUUACUAUUGACCGAGGUCCUGGAUUGGACCCAACUGUUCCCCUGGGCGGAAGAAUGCAAUUUUCCACGGUACACGUUCGGUUACGCGGACCGAAACGGACCGCACAUGUGGAAACUGUUGUAUCCCGACAGUAAUGGCGGCAAUCAGUCGCCCAUCAACGUCACAACGCAACUCGCCGUUGUGGUGCAACCGUCCGAACCUCUUCGAUGGAGCGGCUAUGACAAAGGGCCAUUAUCGAUGACUAUAACCAAUAAUGAAAAUAACGUUGUAUUGAACACGAUGUGGAGCAACACGACACGACCGUACAUCCAAGGCGGAUGUUUGACCUCUGUUUACGACCUCUGCUCCAUGGUCUUUCACUGGGGCCACUCGAACGAGGAAGGUAGCGAGCAUACUUUCGAUUACGUUCGAUUUCCUAUGGAGCUACAAGUGUGGCACAUAAAACGUGGCUUCAACUCGUUGUUGGACGCGAUCACGGCUAAAGAAAACGACGGGAUAUUGAUCGUGUCGUUCUUCUUUCAGAUCACGAACGCAGACAAUCCUUACUUGGACCACAUCGUGACAAAUCUGUGGCGGAUUAUUCAACCUGGAACAAAGGUGCACAUUCCUCCUUUCCCACUCUUAUGGAUCUUUCCAACUUUCGAGAGGGAUUAUUACACGUACAACGGCUCUUUUACCCAACCACCGUGCAGUGAAAUCGUCACGUGGAUAUUACAGCCCGAACCGAUUGCCAUAUCGUCGUCACAAGUUGCUCAAUUUCGAAAGAUCUGCUCACCAGACGGCCCCAUUUUGUUCAACUGUAGGCCCGUUCAACAAGUGAACGAACGUAGCGUCUAUUUUUACGCAUAGCGCACAUAUAUAUAUAUAUAUUCGUUAAGUAGUAAGCUUUUAAAUUUUUUAUCGUGCGUCGAAUAUCGUAGAGUCGAAAAAUGUGUGAUCGAUUCCGUCAAACAUUUUUUUUUAUCUUUUAAACUUGUAAUCCAUACGUGUAAAGUGAUUUUUUUAAUUAAAAAUUAAUCAGAAAGCGAACGCGUUGUUUUCUCUUUUUUUCCCACCUCUUACGAGAACAGAAAUUUUCCAUGCAUAUGAUAAGAAACACAAUUUACAGAGAGCAAUUGUUUUAUUUUUCUACUAUAUAUAUAUAUAUAUUUUUUUUUUUUUCUUUUACGCGUCAAAUACUUUCCAACAAAUUUCAUUAGAAAAUAAAGAUGUAACAAAGUUAAAUUCACUCAUCGCAAGAUAUAUAUAUAUAUAUGUAUAUAUAUAUAUGUAUAUACGUAUCAUCUAUUUGGCACGAAUUAUUGUAACAGAUAUAUUUCUUUUCUUUUUUCCUCUUUUGUAACAAUUAUCCAACGUAAAAAUGUUUUUCUUCUGUUGCGAACACUAUGAUAGAAUAUGUUUUUUUUUUUUUUCUUUUUCUUUCAUUUCGUUUUAUUUAGAUGCGCGUCAACUUUUUUUCUUAAGCAGUUUGUUGUUACGUCAACUACACAAAUUUCUAUCACACACUUAUACAUCGAUAUUGCGUACAUUCACUCUUCGACGGUAUAUUUUUUUUCUUUUUUUUUGUUCCUCGGUAAAAAAUCGCAAAGUGGUUUCGAACAUAUGCGCUUGCCAAUGUAUAUCGUAUAAAUCACGUGAGUCUCGUGUGAAAAAUUGCAUAUCGCAUAUCCCGCGAGAAAAAGUAAGAAAAACGACAGAUCUGUCGAUGCUGUUCAUUGUUUCAUCGAAUUUUCGAACUUUCAUCUCAACCUUUCUCGUCGUUGUUGCGCGAUCCAUAUUUACAGAUGUACCCGUAAUUCAAACUUUGGUUCACUGCGACGUUUGGUACGUUUUUAUCCCAUGAACGCGAGAAUAUAUCGAAACUUUUCGAUCGGUGUUGUUAUUUCAAACUAUCACUUAUUCACAGUACUCGAAUGCUCAUCGAACAAACAAAUUGAUCAAAUUGUUCAAAACUUUCGGAAUAAAAACUUCUUUGAACGAACUAGCGUUUCGAUACAACGCUCCGUCCACCGAGACGACCCGAUCGUGUUUCGGCCAUCUUCGACUACUUAACCGAUGUUGGUCGAAGAUAGCCGAAGCACGAGUGGCGUUAGAUUCGACGUUCUCGAUUCUUCCACGAGAUAUUCGGAUAUAAACAUUCGGAUACUCGAGUAGUUUGAAUUAAUAACCUUUUCAGUUUCGAUAUUUAUUCGAAUAUGACGAGUCAUAUGGUAAACGAUCGGUUUGAGAAUCGUAGCGUGUUUUCGUAUUCAGAACGAACACGAGUGGAAUAACAUUUUUAUGUACAGAAUUUGUGCAGACAUCUUUCUCCCGUUUCGUCACGAUACGACAUUUUAUAACGAAACACACAUACAAGGGACGGGAAUGGGCUGGAAAGUUCCGAGCAAGCACACCUUUCAAUCCAUACGAUAUAAAUUCCACGAUUAUUGAGUGUUCUUAAAAAAUUAAAAAAAAAAAAA